CACUUGACGUAAUGAUUAAUUAUACAAUCAAUUACUAAAUAAUAAAGUUGAAGAGGAAAAAUAAGCACAAUCACAGCACAAGAAUAUAGAUUUUUGUUGUGUUAACCACGCCAUUUUUAGGAAAAACUUUCUAAAUUUAAAUCUUUAACAAAUAUUUUGGGCACUCUUUAGCAUUUGCUUUAAAUAAUAAGUUCCUCCGUUCACAUUUAUAAGAAGAAAAAAACAUAUGAACUAUAGUUUAAUCUAAUCUGAUAGAGUCCCUAAGUCUAUGAAUGCAUGGCUAGAAAGAAACUAUAGUUUAAUCUAAUCUGAUAGAGUGAGUUUCAUGUCCAGUAACAUGGGAACUGUUUAUCUCUUCUUCAACCUGUAUACUUCUUGGGUACUACUAAUAUGCUCUUCCCACCUGUGUUUAGCAGGAGAUACUUUGAAGACAGGCCAGCAGAUAAUAGACAAUGAAAAUGAUGCCAUUCUUGUUUCAGCUGGAAAAAUAUUUGAUCUAGGCUUUUUUACUCCAAGCAUGACUGGAGGUACACAGAGAUACUUAGGAAUAUGGUAUCAUAUAAAUCACACUGACAGGUCAGAACAAUCUCAAAAACAAACAGUUGUGUGGGUUGCAAACAGAGACAAACCUAUAGCUUUAAAUUCAUCUGGAGUUUUCCAAAUAGCAGAAGAUAGAAAUCUUGUUGUUGUAGACACAUCUGGUAAAAAUAUAACAUACUGGUCAUCCAGUAUCUCUUCUAAUUCUUCACCUAGAAAUAGGACAUUGAAACUCAUGGAUUCUGGUAACCUUGUGUUACUAGAUGAUAGGAAUUUGAAACUCUGGCAAAGCUUCGAAAAUCCAUGUGACACAUUCCUACCAGGUAUGAAGAUGGAUAGUAAAUUGAAAUUGACCAGUUGGAAAAGUGCUGAUGACCCUGGAAUUGGGAAUUUCAGUUUUGAGAUGGAAAGAAAAGGGGACAGCCGUUAUAUUAUCUAUAACGGAAAUCAAAUUUAUUGGGAGAGCGGCGAAACAAAUAAUAAUCAAUUUGAUGACAUCAACUUGGAGGUUUAUAACUUGUUGACCAACUUCAGUACACAUAUACCGAUCGAUACAAGGUUGUUCCUUGAUUCUACUGGUGUGAUACGGUUGUUGGAUUUGGAAGGUGAUUUGUCAGGGAGGUGGAAUCAGCCAAAAACCAAUUGUUCAAAAUAUAAUUUUUGCGGAGAAUUUGCUAGCUGUAAUGAUGAUGAUGAUAAUAAGAAAUGCAAAUGUUUACCUGGAUUUGACCAUGCAGGAAAAGGAGAUUCUUCUCUACAAAACAACGUAGGUUGUACAAGGAGAACGUCAGCAUCCUGUGCUAGAAAUGACACGCGGACAUUCUUGAAAUUGACCAUGAUUAAAACACGAAGGCCGGAUUUAAAGCUCAUGGUAGACCUUGAAGAAAAUUGCACAUCUAUAUGUCUUGAGAAGUGUCCACUGUGCCAGGCUUACUCAUAUGCUCCAGUACCCCUUACUCAGCGUACUCUUAUUAAUCCUUCAACAUGUUGGAUCUGGACAAACAAUUUAACUACUCUUAAAGAAGAGUACACUGAUGGGGAUGAUCAUCGUACACUCUUUGUUUUAGUUGACAAAUCAGAUAUAGAACCAACUCCAAGAACUUGUGAGCCUUGCGGUACAAACAUAGUCCCUUAUCCGCUUAGUACUGGAUCCAACUGUGGAGACCUCGCAUACUUCAACUUUAGUUGCAACAACUUAACGGGUCAACUUAACUUCGCCACCAACAACAACGUUAGUUACAGAGUUAUUCGUGUAUUGCCAAGUUCAAGAACGUUUACCAUUUCUUAUGACGGUAAUUCUUUAUAUCAAUAUUGUGAUGAAGGAUCAAACCAAGCAGGAAAUCUGAAAAUUUCUUCACCCUAUAGCAUUAUGAGUAACAAUUUCUGCUCUGAUCAAGUGGAAGUUAGUUGGGAACCACCUUCCAAAGAACCCCUUUGUGAUAACUUUGGUGGUUGCCAUGGUUGGAACCAUUCUACUUGUACUAAAAGAAGGUGUCUCUGCAAUGCAAACUAUGAAUGGAAUGGCAAGCAAUUAAGUUGUAUAGAAAGAUCUUCUCCCAGAGAGAAAUCUAAAAGCUCGUUCUAUUUGAUUCUUGGUUUAACUCUUACUGGUGUGGUUACUCUAGCAUGCAUCAUUAUUUUUGGUUAUGCAUGCAGGCGAAGAAUAGCUCAUAUGUUUAAGCAAGACAAGGAAAACAUACAAAGAAAUGUUAGAGGGCAAUUUUACGACAGUGAAAGACAUGUGAAGAACUUGAUAGACAUGGAGGGAUUGGAAGAGAAUGACAAUGAUGGAAUAGAGGUUCCCUAUUUCGAUUUUGAGAGCAUACUUAUAGCCACAGAUGAAUUUUCAGAUGCAAAUAAACUUGGAAAAGGUGGUUUUGGGCCAGUUUACAAGGGUAAGCUUGGUGGUCAAGAAAUCGCGGUAAAGAGACUUUCAAAUGUUUCAUCACAAGGCUUACAAGAAUUCAAGAAUGAAGUUGUUUUGAUUGCUAAACUUCAACAUCGAAACCUUGUUAAAUUACGGGGCUACUGCAUAAAAGGGGAGGAAAAAAUUCUAAUUUAUGAAUAUUUGCCUAACAAAAGUUUGGACUUGUUGAUAUUUGAUCCAACAAAAUGCGUAAUUUUGGAUUGGCAAAUGCGGUUUGAUAUAAUUCUCGGAAUUGCUCGUGGACUGCUCUAUCUUCAUCAAGAUUCAAGACUUAGAGUUAUUCACCGAGAUUUGAAAACUAGCAACAUUCUUCUAGACGAGGAGAUGCAACCAAAAAUCUCAGAUUUUGGACUAGCAAGAAUAGUUGGAGGUAAAGAAGUAGAGGCAAGCACAGAGAGGAUUGUCGGUACAUACGGGUACAUGUCUCCUGAAUAUGCAUUGGAUGGAUAUUUCUCAACAAAGUCAGAUGUUUUCAGUUUUGGCGUUGUCUUGCUUGAAAUCAUCAGUGGAAAAAGAAACACCGGAUUCUUCCGGUCUAAAGAAAUUUCAAGCCUUUUGGGUUAUGCUUGGAGACUAUGGAGAGAGGACAAAUUGCAAGAUUUAAUGGACUCAUCUCUAUGCGAUUCAUACAAUGCUAACCAAUUUAUUAGGUGUGCACAAAUUGGACUCCUAUGUGUGCAAGAUGAACCAGAUGAUCGUCCACACAUGUCAAAUGUGGUGACUAUGCUUGACAAUGAAACUACAGCCCUCGUAACACCUAAACAACCAACCUUUUUUUCACGUAAAGACCUAUCUAGUACAGCUUCUUCAAGCAUACAGAUUGAGAGUAGCAUUCAAGAAGGUAGAUAGAAGAUAAAACAUGAAUUCAAGUGCAUGUUGCAUGAUCAAAAAGUUGGUUGAAGUGAUUGUUAGUUUAUUUUAUUGUUUUACUUAAAAAAUAUAACAAUAUUUCAAAUUCAUGUAGCUUAUGAGAUUAAUUGCAUUACCAAUGUUGAAACCAUAACAAUAACAUUUACUGGAAUGUGGUUUUAUUGUUUUA